UAUAAAUAAUUUAAACUUGAAUGUUAAUUGUGUCUUACACAAUUUCACUUCACUAUAAAAGUAUUGCAAAAAAUAGGACAAGUAACUGUUAAAACUAUAUGAAAAUGAAUAAUUUAUGCUGCUAAUCUAAGAAGUUGCCAAAUAUUGCGAUAUGCCUCACGCUACCCCUACUUUACAAAUGCAGCACAUAAUGUUAGACUCCAGACGAUGGAUGCGUAUGCCAGACCGCAGUACAAGAAAAAUACAUGUGCACAAAUAGCGAAUAGACCAAAUAACCACUCAUAGUGUAAUUUUAUAUAAAGUGUAAUAAUAAUAUGUAAAAAGAAAGCAAAAAAAAAAGCACACUCAAAACUCAAUGCACAAUCAACAGCUAAAUAAUAAUUGUUAAAGACCGGGCAUAAACUUUUAAAAGAAUAAACACCAACAAUAACAAUUUUUAGUCUAACGCGUUACUAAAACAAUCACAACCACAAGCACGAAACAAUUGUGACUCCGAAAAUCCUAACAACCCACCAAGGCCAUGUUUAAUUUUCAUAAACCACGCGUCUAUCGGUCUGCCGAUGGCUGCUGCAUUUGUCGCGCCAAAUCGAGCAGUUCGCGUUUUACCGCCUCGCGCAAAUAUGAGAAGGAAUCGAUGCAAUGCUUCAAUUUGGAGGAGCCACGCAAUGGUGAAAUAUGCAAUGCCUGUGUGUUGCUUGUGAAGCGUUACAAGCGCCUUCCAGUGGGCAGCAAACGCCAUUGGGGGCAUGUGGUGGAUGCACGAGCCGGACCAGGCACAAAAUCAUUGGCAAAGCAAAAGAAACGUGACAAUGAUAGCGAAGGCAAGGCAAGCGCCACCAAUUCUAGCAGCAAUUCGUUUAUACCAGAGAAAUUUGCCAAAAUCUUUAAGAAGAACCGCAAGGGCAAGAUAACAGCAACAACUUCGGAGAAUUCUGUAACAGCGGCAGAAGCAACCGCAACAUCGAAGCUAUCGGCACCAGCAGCAUCCAAUCGUUCCAAGAGUCAUUCACCCACCUCGGAGCAUCCGAGCGACUCGAAUGAAAGCUACGAUGAGGAUCAGAGGGCCCAAACCCCACCCACAUGCGAAUCAACAGCAGCGCCUUAUCAGACACGCAAACGCACUGCAGCAGCAGCCUUGGCGGCCAACAAUAACAACAGUCUCAGUGGAGCCCCAAGAGGAAAUCGCCCACAACGCGUUAUGGUGACAGGCAGUAAGCGACGUCGCAUGCUGCCACCAAUGAAGCAUCGACGAGCUGUCGACAAUGUGCCCUUCUUUGAGGAACACGAUCUGGUGCGACUGGAAGUCUGCUGUGGUAUUGUUUUUCAGAGUCUGGCUCUUGGCAGCUACUGCUACAUAAUUGAUCCGGAGCUAUACAGGCCGUGUGAAAAGCAUCGACGUUUGCGUCGUCAUAGUCAAGAUCAGCCUCAGACGGUGGCUGCAAAUCCCAUAACAAAUCAAACUGCAGUGCUGCCAAAGCCACCCGUGGUGUCCAGCGUGAAGCAGGCGAUGACGACGACGCCCGCUCUGAAGAAACAUCAUUUGUAUUUCAAACGACAAUCGGAGUCAUUUCCACAGGGUGAUAUUAAUAGAAUAAGUCCAAUUCCAUUGAAUAAGACUGAGGCCUUGUCGUCACCACUAUCGCCGACUACACCGAGCACACAUAUGCCACCACAUUCCACCAAAUUGCUAGCAACGACAGCACAGGCUGGUCUAUCACUCAUACUAAAGCCCACGGGGGGUAGCAACAGCAGCAGCAACAAUAACAUAACAACCACCGCUAUUGGGGCUGCUUCACCCUCCUCGCUGUCCAGUUCAUCCAACUGCUCUACUUCGUCGUCCGUGGCCACCAAAUUCAAUGACAACUCUUCAGACUCGGGCUUUGAUGAGCAUGUUCUAGAGCGCAAAUCCGUCAGUCCGCCCACGCAAGAUGAUCUGCAGCUGGAAAGAAAGACGCGCAGUGUGGCGGGCAUGCAACGUCUCAUACUUGCCAGUGGAUUGCCCAUAACAGGUCAGGCCCAAAAUCUCGUUUUGGCUGGCAAUGAGUUCGGUGCACGUUUCGUGCAACAGCGCCAACAGGUGCCCCCCACAUCACCAGGAGGAGCAGCAACUGGAAACCAAAUUAAUGGCAGCAUUGUACUGCAAAAGACCAUAGCCAGCACCAAUAGCAACAGCAGCUUAUCCUCUACCCAGAACACGCUAAAAAUAAAUGUACUCGGAUCUCAAGGAAGUAUCAGCAGCAGCGCGGGCGCGACUGUGACAAACGCCACCACCGCAGCUUUUCCAGCAAUCACGACCAACAACUGUAAUAAAAUGCGUGCAAUAUUCAAUGCGGCCAAUGCCAUUCAGCAUGAGAAUGGGGUGACUACCAUAUUGCCCGCCUGUUCGUUGGCAGCCACCAACCAGGCGGCGGCCAUGAAUGCCAUAGCGCCUAGUACGGUUACCAUUACGCCCGCCCCAGGUGGCGGUGUGGCCAAAAAGAUUGCCUUGAGUGCGGCCGCAGUGCAGCAGGGACAGGCACUCCCGCUGCCCCUCACCAUCAGCAAUGCGGCCAAUACCACCACAGUGGUAGCUAACCCUAAGUUUAUUUUGCUCAAGCCGGCAGCAGCCAAGUUCAAUACCAACAAUAACAACAACAACCUUACUAAUACCGUAGACGCCAAAAUUGCUUAAGCAAGUCCGAGAAAAGUUAUAAAUGCAUAUAAGUACAUAAGCUAAUUACAUAAAUAUGUAGCUAUUAGUUGGUAUUUAAGUGUGAGAGUAAAAUUGUUGAUUUUUUAUUUAGUCUAAGAUAUCUCUUACGCAAGCUUUUUUAAGCAGCGAAACUUUUAAAUUUCCAUAGGAGUGUUUACAUACCCAUAAUAUACAAUGUAUUUUAACUUUAAACACACAUACAUUUUUUGCAAUUUCCUAUGAAAAACUGCAUUCUUUUUAGAUACAUUUUACUUAUUUUGUGCAUUUUUUUUUUUACUUGCUCACGAAUACUCAGUUAAACAUGCAAUCCAACCCCUUAACUUUAACAUUAAGUUAAUGCGCAAAAUUGUAUGUACAUACUUAAAUUUUUUACAUAAACGUAUAGCAGUAGAUAUUGUUUUUGUUUAA